CCCUCUCUCUCUCUCCCUCCCUCUCUCUCUCUCUCUCUCUCUCCUCUUCCACUCUCGUUCCCCUUUCCUGUUAAAUGUACAACUUGAUGGGUCUGAACAGCACAGCCACAACCAGCCAGCAACCAGCCAACAAUGUCUCCUGUACGUGCAACUGCAAGCGCUCUUUGUUCCAGAGUAUGGAGAUCACGGAGUUGGAGUUUGUUCAGAUCGUUGUGAUUGUUGUGGUGAUGAUUGUAAUGGUGGUGGUCAUCACCUGUCUCCUGAACCAUUACAAGCUCUCCACCCGCUCCCUGAUCCACCGACAGAGCCACAUCGAGAGGCGAGACGAUAGCCUGCCUUCGCAGCAGAUCUACACGCCGAGGUCCACGGACAGGCUGACGGUGCCGUCGUUUCUGCAGCGGGAUCGGUUCAGCCGUUUCCAGCCCACAUAUCCCUACAUGCAGCACGAGAUCGACCUCCCGCCCACCAUCUCCCUGUCAGACGGUGAGGAGCCUCCACCUUACCAAGGCCCCUGCACCUUACAGCUCCGUGAUCCUGAGCAGCAGAUGGAACUGAAUCGGGAGUCUGUCAGGGCACCACCCAACAGGACUAUUUUUGACAGCGACUUAAUAGACACUUCAAUUUAUAACGGAGGCCCCUGCCCUCCCAGCAGUAACUCUGGCAUCAGUGCAACUAGUUACAGCAGCAAUGGCCGUAUGGAAGGACCGCCACCCACUUACAAUGAGGUCAUUGGUCACUACCCAGGCUCAACCUUUUUCCAGCACCAGCAAACGCAAGGGGUGGUCUCCAUAAUGGAGGGCAACAGAUUGCACCAUCCUCAGAUCAACGGUCUCGAGAGCACAAUUGCCCGAAGUAAAGACAAAAAGACGGGACAUCCCUUCUGAGACCCAACUCUGUGCACUUCGACUAAGAGAAGGGGAGGGUUGAGAGUGGGGGGAGAGAGAUCAUGAACUGUGCUCGCUUCCCUACUUACCCCUCCCAAGUGUACAAAGUAAAUAUUUAAUUCUGUCUGAAUUGAAUGCUAAGAUAAACAGCUUUCCAAGGAGCUCUACAGCUGAGCUACAAUAUAUAAGGAAGUUAAAAUAUUCUGUUACUUUUUUUAAAAAAAACUUAGUUUAAGCGUUGUGCAGAAGUGCUGUCUUUAACUAUCUCAUUUAACUUUAAAGAACAUUUGCACAAAAUUUUAUGUUUAAAGACCUGCAAUAUGUCUGAUGAGAAAACUCUGCAUGUGGAAGCAGUAUUUUUGUAAUAGAAAUGGCCUAUAAGAAAAUUAGGUUUUUUUGUUUUGUUCUCAGAUCAGAGAUGGCAAUUUUUUGAGUGCCAACUCAGAGUGUGUGAAGCAUUCUGUAUAUAUAAAAAAAGGGGUUUAAAGUUAUUUAUGAAAAAUUUUGAAACAUUGCACUAUUUUGUACGAGCAACAAGCAGAUGCCUGCAAUGGUGGAAGCCCGGAACUGUCCGCCACAAGCGGAAGGCGCCAAUUGUUCGGGUGUAGAAAACGUUGAGGUGCGAAUACUUUGGGGUAUGAAAGGUCCUGCAUUGUGUGCACUGGAAGAGAAGUUGCAUUAAUACUAGGACAUAAUGAAAGCAAUGGCUAGAUUGAGGGCAUUGUCUCGUAUCUGGUAACAAGUUGUGUUCCAAACCUUAUGAGCUCACAGUGCUGUAUCCUUUACAAGAACCAUCUGCAUCACCUUCAAUCCUCUGUUCCCAACAUGAGAUGAAUUUUGUUCUGGCUCCAUUAGUAUCUUCAUUGGAAGCCUUCUUGUUCUUGAUGCCUACAGUAAGGAUAUCCAAUUAAGGGAAUUAGGUCAAAAGGUAACUUCACGAAAUGUCUCCCAUCUUCAGGGAGCCUGAACUAGACGGAGGUGAUUGUUCAAUACGUGUGUACAUUCACUCAGCUGGAGGAACCAUGAGAAGGCGUGCAGUGUGGUUACUAGUGGUGCGAGUGAUUUGGUUGGGGCAAUGUAAAGAGCUCUGUACCCUGUGCAACACCCCACUGAGAUGAAGAAAGUUCCACUCUCUAUUGUUGCCAUCUCUUAACCAUGAGCACAAAAAUUACCCAAAGGGAAUUAGAGAAAGUGUUUAUCUUGAGCAAAGUUGAGAGAUGGCUCCCCUUCUCCUCGGUAGUGCAUCAUUGCAACUCUUGGACAAUCAGACCUUUUACCUAUAGGGGAGAGCAGUGUGGUCAGGUUCUGAUUUUGUGUUCCAUAUCUCAGUCUUAAGUUGUGUGAGCUAUGUAGGAAAAGGUUUAGAAGUUUCUUAUUGAAUAGAGGCAUCAGCACAUGAUCAGUGGGAUAUCAUUGAUUGUGGUCCAGGGGCAGUGACUAGGUUUAGGGACAGAGCGACUGAUCAGAUUUAGGGAUGAAGGAGUAUGAUCCAGGAGAUGAAGAGAGUAAUCACAGAUCUCCCUAUGUUUACCUUCUAUUCAGUCAUAUCAGUGCCAUAGGUGAACAGGAAAGAUGUUUGAGGGAUGUAUAAGGGGCUUGAGAAGUAUUGAUGCAUUUUGUGCAUGCUUGACCCUAGGCUGGGCUUUCAUAUCUCCGCUGCAUAGUUUGACAAUGUCAAACAGAAAAAGAGGUGCCAAGGAUAGUUCCAAAUUUUAUCAGUGGGAUUAAACAGUGCUAAUCCUUAUGCUUAGUGGAGAUGAGGUUUAGUCAUUUAUAUAUUGAGUUCAUUAAAACAAGGCACUAUUACCUUUCUUGAAAAGGAUUGUGCAGCCCAGAUUGUACAUGUCAUCACCUUUCUGAAAGAGGAUUAAGUUUGUGGUUCUGUUGUAUUGCUGUGUCCUAACCCCCAUUUUCCGAAUGUGGUGAGCUCAGUUUCCAGAAUGAGAUAGGACUGGUAGGAGGCCAUAACAGACUAACUGAAAGUUGGCCAUUCUUGGUUCGAUGUGGACACGCUCUUCCAUUCUUACAUGUGGUGAUUCCCUCAGAUAGUCGAGUAGACACACAUUACGAUAGAGUCAGAAAGUUAUCUGCAAAGUACUGCAAACCCUAAUCUGCAGCAAUACUGCACAAACCCAUGCAUGCUCCUUUGGGGUCUCAGUGUUUUACUGCUGUCAGAUGUACCAAACCAAUAUCCCAGCUCUUUUCAGCAAAGACCCCCAAAUUUUCCCUGGCUUCCGUUCAACCCAGAACGUUUAGCUUGCACCUACUGCUGCUUGUAUCCUUUGCCAAAUGUUGGGGGUCACCGUAUCUCCAUAUCUGCAUGUCCAUCUCGUGCUGUGAAACCCUACACUAGUUUACGGCUCUUCACCAUUAAGGCUUAGCAUGUGCUAUGCUGCUACCUAGCUUCCACAUGGUGUAAUGAAGGAAAUGGCUGUUUGCUGGGAUGAGAUUGAAACCCCAACAAUGUCUGUAAUGAGCUCCCUGUUUGAGGUAGUCUGUUCUCACACAGGGAGAAAGUGUGGAUCUGAUAUGCCCACAUGCUUGCCUCUGACCUGAUGUUGAUUAGAACGUAAAGAGAGAGUUGUGUUUUGCUGUCUUAGCAAGUGUAACUGCACAAAUAAAACUGGAGUACGAGAGAAUUUGCAUCGUCUUCUACCCAGCCUGUUCAUUCCACAGUCAAUAAUCCAGCCUGUAAUAACCCAGCCCAGCCAGAACCACUUUCCCCACUUCUCUGUAGUACGUCCUUAUUCUUUUACACCUUUUAAUUAUACCCUUGCCAGGAUUUUGCCGAGAGCUUGAUUUGAAAUCUAAGGGCUACCAUUAACUUUCUAACCUGUUUAUUGGGCUUUGUUCUUCCUCUGCCAAGCAAGCCAUUGUGCUAAUAAACUUUUCCAAUGUUGCUUAGUGUUUAUUUUCUCUUGUUUAUUUUUUUUAGGCUCGAAUUUUGCUUUAAAUUAAUGCGAGACACUUUUUGCAUUGGUUUCUUGUGUUGGAAUUAUUGUGCAGGCUGGGGAGGGAUUGUCCACGUGUGGUUCAGGAGGUCUGAAUGUGUGAGACCAAAUGUGGCAGCAACUCAAGAGUUCAACUUUGUGUUAAUACUCAGACUCUGCCCCUCACCGUGCCUCGUCAGAUAUGGUGCUGCUUCGUUCAAUUGUGCUCAAUCUCGUUUGUUUCUUUCCUCCCCCCACUUUUCUCUUGCAUUUUUUUCCUCUCUCUCUCUCUGGUGCUGUGUAUAACUUGAAUGUAUUAUGCACAUAUCCUACCCAAUGGGUAGAAAAGAAUUUAUAUUAUGGAUAUUGUAUAAUAGCAUGUAGAUUAAACAAAAGUAUUAACCAAAUAAUGUAAUCUGUGGAACUGUAACAUCACAACACCCCAUUUCAUGUUGCAGUUCUGAUUUAUGGUAGAACCUCCGUUGAUGAUUAGCGUGCAGGUGACGGACACAGGGUCCAGCUUUGUCUGCAGGUCUAAACACAUCUGUUUAAUGAGAGGGCACACGAGUAGUUGUGGUUGGGGUCCUGGCAGAAGGGGCAGUGGGAUGUGUGUUGUGGGGUUGGAGGAAUUAUUGGGCAAAUGGGAUCUCUGUAUUCACUGGAAGUAAAAUCCUCAACUCUGGGCAAAGUGUCAGUGAGCAGUGCAACAUCCCCUCCCACCCCAUGAGUGAAGCAAGCAGUGUCUUCCCCGCCGACACACACACCCUCCUGCUGCAGGACACCACAUGCUGAGCAGCAGCAGGGGCCAGCACACGGCAGAGGGGAUGAGCAGCCGGACACUGACUUCUGCUUUGAUAUCUAUCCCCUAUUGAUUGGGAUGAUAUUUUUAUAAUUAAUAUUCCAGUUUUUUUAUAGGGAAUUAAUUACUUAGCCAGCGUUAGCUGGUGAUGUAAGGGUGUGGGUUUGCAUGUUGGAACCAGAUGCAAUUUCUCUGGGAUCAGGCUCUUUCUGAGCAACCGGAGCACUGACCUUUGUUUAGCACAUCUGCCUAUGGUCUUAUAUUUUAAACGUAUAAUUUGGGUUGGAAAUGUUUUAGGGAAAAAAAUGAGUUUACUCCCAACUCAUCUGAUGCUCUGAUUAUCAAGGUGUAUAUGAUAUACAGCACUUUCAAUGCAGUAAAGUACAAGUCUUUUUGCAUUGCAGUAAAUUGUGGAUUCUCAUGCUGAAUUUUACAACACGCUUUGUUCCUCUGUAUUAACUAAAGAGAAAAAAAAAAAGCAUUCCUGUCACCUGCAUUAUUGCAUCCGUGUACCAAGCGCCUGUGUACCAGCCUCUUGCUGUGAACUGUUGUAUACACUAGCUAUUAGAAUUCCUCCCUCUCUCGGCUGUUUAUGCUUUCGCAAACUGUUCUAAGUGAUCACAUUAGUCACACAUGUUUUUUUUUUACAAAGACUUUUUUGGGGUUUUGUUUUCCGAGGCUGUGGUCCGCUCAGCGAUCAUAUUCAAAACAAAUGAAUUUUAAAACAAAUAAUAAAAAGUGAAAGAUAAACUGA